ACUAUCAAAUAAUAAGUGCAUCAUCCAUCCAAUCCAGACGUCUUUUUUCAGUCCGCUGUUUUCUGUCAUUUUAUACAAUCGUAACUAUGUGGUAAUUAUAUUUAUUUUCGUGGAAAACAUGUACAGAGACUAUUGUGUAAUAAAGUAACGAUAGUAAUGUGUUGACAAGUGCGGAAGAUCUUGGUGUUAGCAGAAUAAUCGUUCCAGGGAUGGGGAAAUCAUCAAGCAAUAUUACUAAAUGCGAUUGUAGCACAAAGACAUUGUAGAACCACAGUAAAGUCAUCUGAUAUGAGUGUGCUUCUUGUGAGAUUGUGAUCGUAGUAGUAGCGAUGGAUUCGCUCCAUGUUCACCACAGUAAGGGCUCGAGUAGGAGUCAGUCGCCGUCAACCGCCGACCUCGCCAGGGACCCGUCUGUCGUCACCGAUGACGUCAUCAGAUCCAGAGUUCAGUCACCCUCCACCGCGCACCAUGUUGUCAGUGAGCCGUCAUCGAACUCAUCUUCGCGUCACAGCGAGCGUGGCGCUCACCACGUCAAGUCGCACUCCAGAGAUCUGGGCAAUAGCCAGGUCGCCGGCACAGCUAAUACUUCCAGAGAUUUGGAAGACUCGCCGCAGAAGAAAAACGUAUCCAAUCUGUUGCCGUCGGUUGACUACACCUGCCCAGUGUACAGCCCCAACGUGUCAUACGCUAUGUCCUCCGCUGAUGAGUACGGAUCACCCGCUUAUAGAGCCCAAGAUAGCGAUUAUUCUAAUCAAGAUGACUACGACAGCAGUGGGAAUGCAACGUCAGCGAAAGCUCUGGCCGCCAUAGCGCACCUCAACAGUAAGAUUGAACGCACCAAAGAUCUCAUACGACUGGAACAGACAAACAGAGAUGAGAACGUGAAUGAAUACCUGAAGUUGGCUGCGAACGCGGACAAGCAGCAGCUGCAGCGCAUCAAGGCGGUGUUCGAGAAGAAGAACCAGAAGAGCGCGCUUUGUAUCGCGCAGCUGCAGAAGAAACUAGAAGGUUACAAUAAAAGAAUCAAAAACUGGGAGCAAUACGGCACAAGCGGACAAGCGCACAGACAACCGCGUGAAGUUCUGCGUGAUAUGGGACAAGGCUUGAAGAACGUGGGCGGCAACAUACGGGACGGCAUCACCGGUCUGGGCGGCAGUGUGAUGGCGGCGCCGCGGGAGUUCGCACAUCUCUUCUCGCGCUCCAACAGAUUCGGAUCAGCGGACAACAUCGCACAGCUCGCCGAGAACACGGGUACUUCGAACGCGUCGUCGGAAGGUUCGCGUGCGUCGGAGGCGGGCGAGGCGGCGCCGCGCGGCUCCACGCUGCCCCGCGCCGCCACAUCGCCCGCGCCCAAGUUCUCGCCUGACGCCUCGCCCAGCUCCUCUGUCACCAGUGAAGGCGCGCCUUAUCAAACGCAACCGGGUACAAACAACAUGUCAGAAGCUACAUUCUCUAUCAAGCCGAUACUGAACGAGCUGCGCGAGCGCAGAGAGGACUACGAGCGGCUGGCGGAGAAGAUGGAAGCGCUUAAGAAUCUAUCGCAAGAGGUAUCAUUCCUGUCGGCGGCGCUGCAGGAGGAGCGGUUCAAGACGGAACGACUUGAAGAACAAAUCAAUGAUCUCACUGAACUGCAUCAGAAUGAGGUGGAGAACCUGAAGCAGGCGCUGACGGACGUGGAGGAAAAGGUGCAGUACCAGAGCGAGGAGCGCAUACGCGAUAUACACGAGGCCCUCGACCUCUGCCAGACAAAAAUCGGCAAGUUGGAGCAGUGGGCAGCGGGUGGUGGGGGUGGAGCAGGCGGUGGCGGCGGCGCGGGGGACGCAGGCGGUGCGGCGGCGCUCCCCCCGCGCCUGCUGCUUGUCAAGCUGCUCAACGUGGCGCUCACGUUAUUGCAGUUAGUCCUGCUGCUCGUCGCCACCGUCGCCGGAGUCACCAUGCCCUUCCUCAGGACCAGGGUGCGAGUUCUAACAACAAGUGUAGCGUUAAUGGUUGGUGUAAUGGUAUUAAAGCAGUGGCCCGAAGUGACCCAGCUGUCGGACCACCUGGUGGCGCGGCUCAAGGAGUACCUGCUGGAUAAGCACCACGACAGGUAUGAAUGCAAAUCGUUGUGUGGUUGAAACUAUACAAAGUUUUGCUGUGAAAAUGUUCGUGAUAUAUCGAAAUUUUAUCAUUAUAUUUUGAUGAAAUUUAAAAUAAAUAAAAUAUGAUUGGCAAUUGAUCAGUGAAAGACUGGAUCGGUUCGGGUGAGAGUGAACUUAACUCGGCUGCAGUUUUUUUUAAUGGAAAAUAUUCCAUUUCGAAUACGAAAUAAUCCAAUGUUUUUAAUAUGAGGCGAUAAUAAUAUUAUCUUUAUAUUUGAAUUUAAUUUUAAUAAAAAAGAUGUCACGUGAUACUUAUCAUGUUGGCAGGUCAAUUACUUGCUAAAAAGGGGCUAUAUUAAAAAAAAUACAUUUUGAUCUCAAGGAAGUAACCUUCAGUUAGGCGUUGAUAGUUUUAGUAAAGAGGGCGAAGAUUAGUUUAUAUUUAAUAGGAAACAUUUUUCUGUUCUAGUUAUGACAUUCAAAAUAUGUAGUCAAAAUUAUGAUUCUAUAAUUUUCAUUUUAAAAAAGGCUGUGCCGAGUUAUGUUUGAAUCUUGCCUUUAUUAUAUUAAUCAAACUUUGGUGAAGCUUGAAAUUUUUUGUUACAAGAUAAUUAUAUCUUAUCCGAAAAAAAAUCGAAAUUAGUCAUUUUUUAAUUGAUGAGACGAAUCAAAAUCCUACUUCAAUAUUGAAUUAACACCUUGUAUUUCCACUAUUGAAAUAAUUGUAAAAAAACCUUUAAUGUUUGUACACGCGUAAGACCCAUUGUUAAAGUUUAGGAAGGCGGUUUAUUUCUCUUUGAGAAAGCAAAGGAAAUAAAUGGAAUUUCAUGGCACCAAGAUGUGAAUUAUAGUGAAACCUGGAUAAUCCGAGAGUCCGAGUGAUCGCGAUAUUUUCUCGCGAAUAGUUUUUAAGCUAUUGAAGUCGGCGUUGCCACCAAACAAUCUCUCUCGCUUACUCAGGUUCUACUGUAUUACCAAUUCUAAUAUUUUCAAUUUCUAAUUAAUGAUAUUAUCCGAAGAGUUUGAAAUUGUAAAAGUACAAUAUUAUUUGGGAUUUAUUUGUUAUUAAAAUUAAAUUUGAACUAAUUUUUUAAGUAAAGUAAAUUAAUUUAUCAAUUUAUCGGCGAAAUAGCCUUAAAACUGUGUAUAACUAUAGCAAUAAUAUUAUUAAGUUUGGACAGUUGUAAAUAUUGAUAUGUGAGUGGGUCCAUUUGUUUUUAAUAAUAUUUAACGUAGAAUUUCACUGCACUCUUGUUAAAUAGAUUGUCGUCUCUAUCCAAAGAGAAUGAAAGAGAUAGCAAUAUUACGCAAAUGUUUCGGUGGAAUUGUACGGUAAUAAUGUUCUCGUAAUUUUAAAGAUUUUUUUUUCAUUAUUUUAGAAGUUUCAAUUUGAAUUUGCAUCUCGAAUUGCUUUAGCGUCGUAAUUGUUGGCGGGUGAAGGUUUAUAGGAAUGUUAUAUAUAUAUGAAGUUGUGUAUAUAAUUGUUGUAGAAAAUGAGAGUGUUUGCAUAUUACUGUGGGUUUCCACUGCGGAAUAAUUCG